GUAUGACUACAUCGAGAUCCGAGAUGGGGACAGUGAAGCGGCAGACCUGCUGGGCAAGCACUGUGGGAACAUAGCACCUCCUACCAUCAUCUCUUCUGGCCCCUCUCUCUAUAUCAAGUUCACCUCGGACUAUGCACGGCAAGGUGCUGGCUUCUCCCUGCGCUAUGAGAUCUACAAGACAGGCUCUGAGGACUGCUCCAGAAACUUCACUGCCUCCAGCGGCACUAUUGAGUCUCCAGGUUUCCCUGACAAAUAUCCACACAACCUGGAUUGCAUCUUCACCAUCAUAGCCAAGCCAAAGACAGAAAUCCUCCUCCACUUUGUGCUCUUUGACCUCGAGCACGACCCACUGCAGGCAGGGGAAGGAGACUGCAAGUACGACUGGCUGGACAUCUGGGACGGCAUCCCUCAGGUCGGCCCCUUGAUAGGCAGGUACUGUGGCACUAAGAUGCCGUCGGACAUUCGCUCAACCACCGGCGUCCUCUCACUCACCUUCCACACGGACCUGGCAGUGGCUAAAGAUGGUUUUUCUGCUCAGUACCACUUGAUCCAGCAGGAAGUCCCAGAAAACUUCCAGUGCAACGUGCCGCUGGGGAUGGAGUCUGGCAGGAUCUCCAACAUGCAGAUCACUGCCUCCUCCACCUACUCAGAUGGGCGAUGGACCCCUCAACAGAGCCGGCUCAACAGUGAUGACAAUGGCUGGACCCCCAAUGCAGACAGCAACAGAGAGUACCUCCAGGUGGACCUCCACUUCCUGACUGUGCUCACAGCCAUUGCCACGCAGGGUGCCAUCUCCAGAGAAACCCAGAAAGGCUACUAUGUCCGUACCUACAAGCUGGAGGUCAGCACCAAUGGAGAGGACUGGAUGAUGUACCGACAUGGGAAAAACCACAAGACAUUUCAGGCCAACGAGGAUGCCACAGAGGUGGUUCUCAACAAGAUCCACAGCCCGGUGCUCACACGCUUCGUGCGCAUCCGUCCCCAGAGCUGGCAUAAUGGCAUCGCCCUGAGGCUGGAGCUGUAUGGCUGCCGCAUCACCGAUUCACCCUGCUCCAACUUGCUGGGAAUGCUUUCUGGCCUCAUCCCUGACUCGCAGAUCUCAGCCUCCUCCAUCAGAGGCUACGACUGGUCUCCCAGCAUGGCCCGCCUGGUGAGCAGCCGCUCUGGCUGGUUUCCCCGCAUCCCCCAAGCCCAGCCUGGGGAGGAGUGGCUACAGGUGGACCUUGGCGUCCCGAAGAAUAUCAAAGGCGUCAUCAUCCAGGGGGCUCGCGGAGGGGACAGCGUGACCACCACUGAAUCCCGCUCCUUUGUGAAGAAGUUUAAGGUGGCCUACAGCAUGAAUGGAAAGGACUGGGACUUCAUCCAGGACCCCAAAACAAUGCAAGCCAAGCUUUUUGAAGGCAACAUCCACUAUGAUAUCCCUGAAGUCCGGAGGUUUGACCCUGUUCCUGCCCAGUACGUCCGAGUGCACCCAGAGAGGUGGUCCCCAGCAGGAAUAGGAAUGCGCCUGGAGGUGCUGGGCUGCAACUGGACAGAUGUAAAGCCCACUGCAGAGACACUGGUGCCCACUUUGAAGAGCGAAGAGACCACCACCCCAUACCCAACUGAUGAAGAGGCAACCGAGUGUGGUGAUACCUGUGGAGAAGAGGAGGAUUUCCACCUCCCUGCAAACUUCAACUGCAACUUUGAUCUCCCUGAAGAUCUCUGUGGUUGGUCACAUGACUUGGCAACGGGUUAUACGUGGUCUUUUCAGCCUACAAGCCCCUGGAUUGGCAACUCUGAACCAAGCCCUGAGACUGUGCCUGAUGGCAAGAACUACCUGCAGCUGCAGAGCAGCAGAAGGAGGGAAGGCCAGCGAGCCCGGCUCAUCAGCCCUGCCAUCUAUCUGCCCCGCAGCACUGUCUGCAUGGUCUUCCAGUACCAGGUGUGGGGCAGCAACGGGGUGAUGCUGCGGGUCUGGCGGGAAGCCAGCCAGGAGCACAAGGCGCUGUGGGUCAUCAAGGAGGACCAAGGGGAGGAGUGGAGGGAAGGCCGCAUCAUCUUGCCGAGCUAUGACAUGGAGUACCGGAUUGUGUUUGAGGGAUUUAUACGCAGUGGCCACUCAGGAGAGCUUGCCCUUGAUGACAUCCGGCUAGGCACCGACAUCCCACUGGAGAGCUGCAUGGAACCCAUCACAGCAUUCCCAGUGAACUUCCCAAGAAUGGAGGAUGACUUUCCAAUCUCUGAGCAAGACUUUGAAGACAACGAUGAUCCAGAUUACUUUGGAUCGGAUAGGAACGACACACUGUUCUCUACUAACUCUCCAGGAACCUCGAAGCUGGACAAAGAAAAAAGCUGGCUCUACACCCUCGAUCCCAUCCUGGUGACCAUCAUAGCAAUGAGCUCCCUCGGUGUCCUCCUCGGGGCCAUCUGCGCUGGUCUGCUCCUCUACUGCACGUGCUCGUAUGCUGGGCUGUCCUCACGGAGCUCCACCACGCUGGAGAACUACAACUUUGAGCUGUAUGACGGCAUCAAGCACAAGGUCAAGAUGAACCACCAGAAGUGCUGCUCAGAGGCCUGAUGGGUGCCCUGGGGAUCACCCUCGGUGUUGCACCCAGUGAGGUGGGCUGGCAGGGCGUUACUUUUUUUGCUGUUUUCUAUGGGAACUGAGUGCCAUAACAGGGAAUGAGGGGUGCGGGAGGAGCGAGGGGAGGCGCUGCUCCUGCCACCAGGUCCCGCUGGCAGGUUGCGCUCCGCCAGGACCGAGGAGGUGUUCCUGCAAACCGGACUGUGCCGGGCAAGGGGGGACCAAGACCCUUGUU